AUGAGCCAGCCAAACACAAAUACCGGUUUAUAUGCCGAUGAACAGGCCAUCUUCCGAGUUCGCCGAGGUCUAGCAUCUCCAGUGCCGGGAGAUGGGGAACUCUUGAUUGAGACGCAGUUCUCGGGGGCAAAUCCGGCCGAUGUCAAACAUGCCACGCUCCUGGGAAUUUACCCGGCCGUGUUGGGCUACGACUUCUGUGGGAAAGUCCUGCAGGCGCCGCCCCAGUCUUCUUUUCGUCCCGGUGACACUGUUGCCGGGUAUACUCCUACCGGCCUCAACAGGCCAGCGCGAUAUGGGACCCAUCAGCGAUACCUAGUCUGUCCGGAAGAAAUGGCCUUCCAUGUGCCGGCAAACCUUCCACCGCAUCAUGCGGCAUGCCUUAGCGUCGUGGCCAUGACCGCUGCUGAUACGCUCUAUAACCUUUUCAGGUUUCCCCUACCAGACACCGAAACCACAGAGAAGGCAGGAAGACCAGUGUUGAUCUGGGGCGCAUCAAGCAGUGUCGGUCUCUGCGCAGUGCAGCUCGCUCGGGCAAGCGGGAUCUAUCCGAUCUUCGUCACUGCGUCCCCAAGCAGACACUCACUAUUACUGGAGCUCGGCGCAACAAAAUGCUUUGACUACAGAUCCCCGGAUGUGGCUUCGCAACUUCAAUCAGCAGUAGAAGAGGGACAAUGGGGUUCCAUCGGCUAUGCUUUCGACACGGUGGGAAGUUACGGAGAAACCGGCUCAGCAAAGCUGAUGGCGGGGUGUGUUUCAGAUGAUGCCAGUCUUGUCUCUGUUGUCAUUCAGCACGACCCUCGGUUUAAGAUGCCCUUCGCUACCCCCAACCGUGACGUUACUAUCCGGGUUCAUGGGGCUCCUCAGCCUAUUACGAUUCCAGCUCGGCCCUCUGAUUAUGUGCGUGCAUGGCAAGCUUUACAAUGGGCGGUUGCGAACUACGGUGCGGGAUUCAAAUUCCCAUGUGUUGAUGUAGUUAGCGGAACAGCGGAAACUGCUCUGGAGGAACUACAAGCGAUUGGUGAUGGUAGGCGGGGAUUUGGGAAGAUGGCUAUUGAGCAUCCACUGUUGUAG